AUUUCUAAGAUUUUCGUGAGAUAUAAUAAUGCAUUGACCUUCAAUUCUAAUCAAAUAACAGCUCUUUAAAGUACACCCCUGAAUAAAAAAUGUUACAAUCCAGGUAAUACCUUACUGCGCAUGCCCAUAGGUAACAUCGUAUACCUCGGGCUACAAUAGAUUGACUUUCAAUUUAGCUCUCUUUGAGUUAAGACGUUUUUUUCCAAAUUAUUUAAAGGUUAGUGGGUUUAUUAUUUUAGUUAGCAUGGCUAACGCCCAACUCAAUGACAUUCCGUUAGGGAUGCCUACACCGUCUCGAGAGAGCGGUGCACUUGAUUCGGAAGACCAUAGGGUCAUUGAAGAAAAUGAAAGUUUUACCGCAGUGGCGGUAGAAACUGAUAAGGUAGUCGAGUCUUUGGGCUCUUCUCACAAGGCGAGGAGAAAUAUCUCUUCUCGUCAAGAUGAUGAAAUGUCGUUGGUCGACGGGACAGAAGAAGAUGUCAGACAGAGCUGGUCUGACCUAGAUACCAAAACUCCUAAACGGAAACGGGACGAUUCCGUACCUAACAGAAAAGGUAAGGUUAAACACAGGAAAGUUGUUAAUCAUUCUAGCAGUUCCUCUGAAAAUACUAGUAGCAGUGAAUCAUCUUCUAGUAACUCUGAAUCAGAGAGUUCAGAAGACAAUGAAGCGUUUGACCAAGAACCUUCUUUGUCUAAAGAUAAAAAAGAAAAAGUACCAUCUCAUAUUACCAAAUAUAUAGAGAAGUAUGCUCUAAAGGGUAUAAGUAAAAAGACGAGACAAGAUAUGUCUUUGAAUUGGCCUAUUCCUUCUUCUAAAGGAUUAAAGGCUCUUGAAACAGAUAGAUUUUUUAAGAAAAAUUAUUUUCAAGGUAGAAAGUGGAAUGCUAGACUAGAGAGAAGUAAAAUUAACACACAGCUACGCAUUCUAGAUGUUAUGGGUCCUCUGUCCCGUUUAUGGUCUGAAGCACAUAGGAUUAAGAAAGAUAAUCAAGGUAUGGACCCUGCUGAUGUAAUUCAAUUAACACAGAGGGCUAUCGUGCUAGCAGGUAAUGCUCACUAUGUUUAUAACACUGACAGGAGAAAAGCAAUGUUAGUUAAAACAAUGCCAGAUAGUCUAGAUUUUUUAAAUGAGAAGAAAGGCAAGAAAGCUUUGGCAAAAUCUAAGGGUCAACUUUUUGGUAAUAAAUUUCUAAAAUCUUUGGCUAAAGAAAACAAGGAUAACAAAGAACUUAGAGAAAUGUUGUUGUUUUCUAACAAGAAAAAACAUGCUGGUAAACCUCAUUUUAAUAGGAAAAAUGAUCAGUUUUUUCAGCAGGGGCCCACAAACAACCUGCAGUCUGUGGGCGGCAGACAAGCUCUCCAUCCACAAGUUUCAGGGAAGAGACCUUGGCAGGGAAACCAGUCACAGAACAGACAGGAGAACAGUUAUGGUCAGCGCCAGAAUCCGCGCCAGAACCAGACCCAGAACCAAAUCCAGACCCAACCUCAGAACAACCAAGUGUUCAAGAAACCUGCAAACCGAUAGAACGGAACGGAUAGCGUUGGAUGGACAUGUAUAUGACUGGUAUUCCAAACAAUAAUUGCAGUAUUGUGGCAGUGUGGCGGAAUAUGAUAAAGAACAUUUAUAUGCAGUUUUUUCGUGGACUAUAAAGAAAUUACUGACUUUACCGUGUAUACUCUGUGAAAUAUUUUGAUGUACAUUUGAUAAUACAAAUGAUUAUUUUCUGUA